UAUGGCCGGCGUCUUCGACAUCGACCUAGAAACAGAGGAGGGGAGCGACGGGGAGGAGCCUGAAUUGGGGGCCGCGGAGGCGGACCCGGAUCUGCGCAUCAGUGGCCCGGACCUGAUACCAGGACAUUAUGAAGAAAUUGAAAUCUCUGAGUGCAGUGUCAACAAUGGUCCAGAGCACAUUGGACCCCACUGUUUUGAGCUUCUUCGUGUUUUGGGCAAGGGUGGCUAUGGCAAGGUAUUCCAGGUACGGAAAGUGCAAGGAACCAACUCUGGGAAGAUUUUUGCUAUGAAAGUCCUAAAGAAGGCCAAGAUCGCCUGUAAUGCCAAGGAUACAGCCCACACAAAGGCUGAGAGAAAUAUCCUAGAGGCCAUCAAGCACCCCUUCAUUGUGGACCUCAUCUAUGCCUUCCAGACUGGUGGCAAACUCUACCUCAUCUUGGAAUGCCUCAGUGGUGGGGAGCUCUUCAUGCAGCUAGAACGAGAAGGCAUCUUCCUGGAGGACACCGCCUGUUUCUAUCUGAGUGAGAUCACCCUGGCCUUGGGACAUCUACACUCCAGUGGCAUCAUCUACCGCGAUCUCAAGCCUGAGAAUAUAAUGUUAAACAAUCAGGGGCAUAUUAAACUGACAGACUUUGGGCUUUGCAAGGAGUCUAUCCAUGACGGUGCUGUCACCCACACCUUCUGUGGCACAAUAGAGUACAUGGCCCCAGAGAUACUGAUGCGCAGCGGCCACAACCGGGCAGUGGACUGGUGGAGCCUCGGUGCCCUGAUGUAUGACAUGCUCACUGGAUCGCCUCCUUUCACAGCCGAAAAUCGCAAGAAGACCAUUGACAAAAUCCUCAAGGGAAAGUUGGUGCUUCCACCCUAUUUGACACCAGAUGCCCGUGACCUGCUGAAGAAGUUCCUCAAGAGAAAUCCCAGUCAGAGGAUUGGGGGUGGCCCUGGUGAUGCUGCAGAUGUGCAGAGGCACCCGUUCUUUCGACACAUCAACUGGGAUGACUUGCUAGACAGGAGAAUCGACCCACCCUUCCGACCUUCUUUGCAAUCGGAAGACGAUGUCAGCCAGUUUGACACCCGCUUCACUCGCCAGACCCCUGUGGAUAGUCCUGAUGAUGGCUCCCUCAGCGAGAGUGCCAACCAGGCCUUCUUGGGAUUCACUUAUGUGGCCCCAUCCGUGUUGGAGAGCAUCAAGGAAGGUUUUUCCUUCCAGCCCAAGCUGCGAUCUCCACGUCGUCUCAACAGUAGCCCCCGCACGCCUGUCAGCCCGGUGAAGUUUUCACCCUUUGAGGCCUUCAAGCCAAGCACAACUGUGGAUAUGAUGGAGCUGUCAUCCCCUUCCCUCAUGCCCGUGCCAGAGGUUACUGCCCCACUGCCCAUCAAAACACCAUCAGGCACCAAGAAGCAGAAGCAAAAGGGAGGCCGAGGGGCGGCACGGUAGCUGGGCCGAUAAGGAAACAAUUGGACUGUCUGCCUCUCCAUGGGGCGUUGCUGUCUGCUUGCUGGGCCAGCGCUUGGCAAGGAAUGGAGCUGGACCCACAGGGCUUUUCGAGCCCAGUUGAGGAGCAUGUGGUCUUCCUGUUGCAAGGGCCUGCCUUCCCUCCCGGCUGCAAAGGCCUGUGGUGCUGGUGUUUCCCUGUGGUGGGCAACCCUCUUUACGCAAAGGUGCUUUAAGUUCAGAAGAUAUAAUGAAUUACAAUGAGAGUGGACAAAGUUUGGGGUGGAGAAAGGACCAGUCAGAGGCACCUGCCUACAGCUGGGUGUGUCUGCCCCCUUCUAGCAGUAUACGUGCUUGAGUGUGCAUUGGGACCGGAAGGGCUUUGCCAGAGGAUCACAGUGGAGGUGUAGGGGCUGGAUUCCCUCGCUGCUGCUGUAUGUGUGUCAAAAGUCUAGAAUUGACCUGGCAAGGGAAGAGUCCCUUUGCCACUGAUGACCGGGAAGGGUAUUCUAGGUGGAGUUAUAUCCUCUCCAUGGGUAUGCCUAAUCGGUCUCCUUUUCCCAGAAGACAACAGGUGCCAAAGAGAACAGUUGCCCUCCCCACUAAUGGGCAGUACAAGGAAGGUCCUCUCCCAAGGUCACUACCCAUCUAGCGUCAUCUCUUUCUAUUCUUGGCUAUGAAUGAAUCCCAGGUAUUGCCAGCCAAAUCCUUUUGGUUAAGACGCAUGCUCAGAGAAUAGGUGCUUGUUGAAAGGCAUAAUAGAUGGUUUUGACACUAGCGCUCUGAUCUGUGUGAAGUGCUUUAAACCUUCAGAAAGACCUAUGUCAAUGCAAAAUGUAAUUGUUACAGCAAGAGAUUCAGCAGCCUCCUUACCGGCGUAGGAGAUGUGCAGACAUAUUCCUUCUGCUUUAAUAUCACAAGGAAGCUACAUUUUCAAAAUGAGCUGCCGCUUUUGAGGCUGGUGAGAGCAAGCCAGUGAAGUGGUGCGGUUACAAAGAGUGAAGCUGGAUGAAUUAUGAGCCUCUGCCAUGGGCAAGGGCUGAGAUGUGGUUCCGUCUAUGGAAGUAAUCAGAGGUGGUGGUGCUGCCCAACCCUACUUCAGUCCAUAGCUGACCUUGUGGAGAGUCUGGCAGUGUUUUUCUCGAUACUUCUAGAGGGUGGUGACAUGGAAAUGCUUGCCACUGUCCUCCCAGGCCGCUGUCCCGGAGAAGGAAUGUAGAUCACUAAGUAAGACCUCAGCACUUCCCUCUGUUGCCUUUGUACCAUCUUCCUUGGAAGGCUGCUGCAGCUCAGCCUCUUCAGGUGGCUCAGAGUUGAUGCUCUCAUUGAGAUCUUCUUUCCUUUGCGCCUCCUCCUCGUUGUUUUCCUGCUGUUGCUCCUCUGCUGCCAUGUCCUCCUGCUGCUCUGGUUCCUCAAGCUCUUCUACUCUCUGCUCCUCAUCCUGGUAGCCCUGGGGCAGCUCCUCUGGAGGCAUCUCCCCCCUGAAUGCCUGCCAUCGGUGGAUCAAGACUCCUACCAGACGUCGGGGAUGGUACCUCCCUUCUGAAUCCCGACUCAGCCUGCGCCAAGCUAAGAACAGUAACAGGAGGAGGAACAGCAGCAGACAGAAGAGAAGGCUUAUGGUGGUAGAAUCAGAAUGGCUGCUGCCUCCUUCCUCUGAAGCCUUUGCAUUCUCCGGAAAGACUGGAAACAGCAGUAGCAAUGCAGAGAGAGCAUGGAGGAACUGGAGACUCUACAGGAAGAAGGGAACCAAGAUGAGUCACUGUCCCUGGGAGGCCAGUGCUAACACACAGUUCUAAGUAUUCUCCUGCCUCUCCCACCUCUGGAGACGUUAUAACUGUGUGGAUCUUUGAAUUAUGCACUUAACUCCUAAUUAUGCAAUGUUAAUUGGAUUCUUCUAGAGACUGUAUGAACUUACAAGGCUUUAUGACUGCUAAAAGCACCUUUGUUUUUGAAUGUUGACCAGAAAUGUGCAUCUUAACAUUAUUUAGUGUCGCUAGAAAGGCUGGCAUCAUAAAAAAAGAGAGAAUGAAUUGCAUUCCUAACUGUUAGUAUUUUUCAGGCCUUUGUCGGGCGCUGCAGUAGAAGUGAUAACAGAAGCUUGACAGCCUCACUAUGGAUUCAUAGACUACCUGCUCUUUUCUAUUUGCAGUUAUUCAAAGAAGUGAGAGAUGGUGGUUUUAGUACAGUUCCUUCUCAGUGGUCAUAUCCCACGAUAAAGGCUUUAUCCCCCAUGACACUCAGGGCAGUGUGCGUUCUGUGUCAAAAAGAAAAUUAUGUGCCAAGGAAAGCAUAAUGAUGUGAGCUGUAUCUAUUAUGCAGAUUAAGAACAAUUGCAUGCGUGUUUUGCAUAAUUUAUUGUAGUUUUGUUAGUCUGGGGGACACGUGAGGAACUAUACCAGGUCCUGUAACCCCACCUUGGGCUUCUGGAAAACUUUUUGAGCCACUCUUUUGGCUUUUGAGAAUUCAAUAAGUUUUGUCUACCUGCUUUUUAGACUUAAUGGCUGUGAAGAUAUGCUAGAAACAUGCUCUUUUAAAAAUAAAACUAUUGAGAUUCCCGGUUCUGAGCCCACUA